UUUCAGAAAAAUAUUUAAAAAAAUCGGGCGGAGGUGCAACGAAAAGGGUCUUGCCGGAUCGAUGAAAUGGAUUGGAGUGAAAUAAACUGAAACGCUGUGGUCGCUGAUGAAAGUUUCAAGAAAUCACGAAAAAUGGAUCACAGAUGACGAAUUCGCAGCGGACGAGGAAGCGAUGUCGAAUAUGAUUCUUAACUUGCAAUUGCUCGGUUUGUUGGGAUCGCUUCCAAGAGGAAUCGGAAAGAUGUAUCGAACAAGCUGAUUAUUCGUUUCUUCGUCGUUACUGUUGGAGCGGUUGGGGAGGUUGGAGCCAUUGUUGUUGCUGUUGGAGCUGCUCGGAGGGUCGACGAAUCUGGAAGAAUAAAAUGCCCUACGGGGUUUAAUUUUCGAAAUUGGUCUACAAUAACUAAAAAAUGACCUGAAAAAAAAUAGUAAAUGAUUCGAAGGUACCGGUCCUGUCGCGAGCCGUCCAUCCCGACCAUCCUCGUCAUUGAUGCAUCCCGACCAUCCUCGCCAUCGAUCUAUGCCGACCAUCCUCGUCAUCCUGAAAAGUUAAAUUGUUUAUACUAUAAUAAAUGUUAUUAAAUAUU